AUGAGCGCCGACCUCUUGGACCUCGACAGCUUCUACUCAAGCCCUCCGCAGCCGCCGCAACAGCAGCAGCAGCAACAGGGGGGCCCGUUUGGACAGCUGCCGCAACAACAGCAACGUCCGCAGCAGGUUACGGCCUCAUCUACUGACCUUUUUGACUUUGCCUCAUUCACCAACACCAGUGUCACCAGCAGGCCGGCAGCGGCGGUAGCAUCGGCCCCGAACCAACAAACUCAGGUUCAGAAUCAGACUCAGCCAUGGCCGGAUUUCCAGACGCAGCAACCAAGUGGUUCCGGCGUUAAUGACAACAAUGGAGGAUGGGGCGACUUCAGCUCAUUUGCUUCUGGAUUCAUGUCCUCUACCCCAACGCAACAGCAGUCACAGCAGCCUAAGCAGACCAAACAAGUUGCCGACGAUGACGAUGAUUUUGGCGACUUCGAGGUUGCUGAACCUACGCCCACUCAAAUGUCUUUUGUUCUCCCUCCACAGACGAACAAGGCAAGAGCAUCGCCGCCGCCUAGGACCCGCGUGGCGCGGGCUUCGACGUUUGAUCUCAUGUCAAACAACCUUGUCAACGUCAUAGACAUGCCUCCGGGCUCAAGCUUGUCGCCCAUUCCGAGCCCGGGCCUGCCAAGCCCGGGACUGACGUUGCAGCAGCCCAACCGGCAACCAAGCCCCGGCUCGUCAAGAACGGGUGCGGGAGCCCUUAAGCCGCCAGCUAGUCCAGGCCUUACAUUCCAGACGGGCGCUGUGCCGAAGCCGCAGUCGAGCCCUAGACUUCGCGGUCAAAUGCCUGAUAUGUCAAGGAAGACAACUCCCAAACCCUCGACGAAGACUGAUUCCAAUAUUCUUUUUGAUGCGGAGGAAUUUGAGCUCCAAGGUGGACACGACGAAGACGAUGAUGAGUUUGGUGACUUUGAGACAGUUCAGACCCCCUUUCCCGGCGGAAACAUGAGUCCAACAUUGGAUUCGAAGCCAAGGCAGAAAGAACAGCAACAGAAAUCUCAGCCGCCUCCUUCCAUGGAUCUGCUUUCCCUUGACGACGAUCCUCUACCUAUUUCUCAGCCACAACCCAAGAAGCCGCAACUUUCAUCUUUGAAUCUUAACGCUCCCGUUUCGCCGUAUCCUCAGGCACCCAAGAAUUUCAAAAAUGACGAAAAGAAGCAGGAUUCUCCCACGCCCAUCACUGCCUGGCCAAGUUUUGGCCAGACCUCAUCUGACAAGCCGUCCGCCACGGCUAAGAAGUCUACCAUUACGUCUACCACUAAUGCCAAGAAGACGCAGGUUGAGGAGGAUCUUUGGGGAGAUUUUGAGGACUUUCCAGACGAUGGACCCUCUGUCAUUGAUUCUAGCAAGCCCCCUGAAAGCUGGGAUUGGGAUGUUGUUGACGGCGUUAAGCCGUCAACAGCCCCAGCCCCAGCCCCAACCGCCGCGAAAACAGUGACAAAUCUUCUAGGCGACCCAGAGCCGACGCUGGAAACGAGCGACGACAAUCCGCCGCCCAUUAACAUCCCCCCUCCCUCUGUUCUUCUCUCAAUCUUCCCUGAGCUCCUUGAGACCGCGAACACGGCCCUCUUCAAGCCGCUAAAUGGCCAGAUGCCUCCGGUCAAGAAGAAGAUCCUCUCCGAUCCGGCCACUGUAACCUUCUUGAAGGGUUAUCUCGCCCUUGCCACUGUCGCGGCUCGUGUCAUCGCCGGCCGCAAGUUGCGCUGGCACCGCGACAAGUUCCUCUCACAAGGUAUGGCCAUUUCCGCGGCUGGCGCGAAGGGUAUGAAACUUGCUGGUGUGGACAAGGCGCAGGCAGCGCGUGAAGACCGCGAGGCGGCAGAUGUGGUGGGUGUGUGGAAGGAGCACGUCGGAAGGCUGCGCUCAGCAGUUGUGACGGCCAACUCGGCGCUGAAGAAUGAGCAGCUCCGCGUCCCGGAGCUGAACGAGACGAUCCCGGUGUCGACGGCCAAAGUUGUACCUACGGCGCCAAAGGCGUGUAUAAUCUGCGGCCUGAAGCGGGAUGAGCGGGUGAGCAAGGUCGAUUUCGAAGUCGAGGACAGCUUCGGCGAGUGGUGGGUCGAGCACUGGGGUCACCGGGCGUGCAAGAACUUCUGGAUUGAACACGAGAAGCGGCUGCGGCAGAGGUGA